AUGUCCAAAUCACCCGAAUGCGAGCGGAACUUUGACAUUGCUUAUCGGCAAUGGGAGGAAGAAUCGGCAAGGUGGUUCGAUCGCGACGCAUGGGACAAGGCUCUCAAAUCGUGGAUUACACCGUAUCUUGAAGAAAGAAAUCUUGGUUAUGCGAUCUUGCAGCGGAGGCGUCGCUUACUCGGUCUCAAACCGGUGGCACGCUCGAAACUCGAAGGCGAGUCUCAGGAAAAGCCGCCAGGCGACAAAGAAGCUUGCGACCCGCGCGAGGGGAAAUGGGAGGAUGAAGUCAAUGAGCUGAUGGAGGCAUACUGGACAAGCAAUAGGGCCUUGCUUACUAUGGACGAGACAAUGCCUCUAGCCAUGAAUGUGGUGGAGAUUGCACUUCUCCGUUCUCACCGAGAUCGAUAUGGCCGCCCGUACAGUUGGGUCAUGGAUCGUUUGCCAUGUGCGGACACCGGUGGAUGCUGUGGACGCGCUUGUGGGUGUUGUGAAAAGCCGCUGUUGACAUACUACCGCCCAUUGAUCUAUAAGUAUCCCAAUGGCAAGAUGGAAAUGGGUGUAUACGGCCAUUGCACGGCUGAAUGUCCUUGCUGUAUCCAAGUUCGACACCGCUACCAUCCUCACCCACGCCUGCCCAAGUCGGCUUUCUAG